UCACGCCUCCAUGGUGUCCCACUGUCACGCCUCUCCUUAGAAACAAUCUAAUAAGUCCUCGCCUGCUUGCCUUGUCGCCGCAAAUUCCACUAGCUCGUUGACCUGUUUAGCUGUUCUGUUCAUCACCUCAACCUCAAGCCCUCAUCUCAAUCUCAAUUCCUCAAGUAGUAUUUGUGUGUUAUAGAUUGUGCUUCUACACGCUGGCGCUGCAUCAAGAGAGAUUUCAAAAUGUUGGAUAUAAAGCUUUUCAGAGGAAGACCCGAAAUCGUUCGCAAAUCCCAACGCCGUCGUUUCGCUAACAUCGAAUUCGUCGAUGAAGUCAUCGCCCUCGAUGAACAAGCGCGCAAACUUAAAUUCGAGCUGGAUAAUCUUCGCAAGGACUUCAACAAUAUGAACAGGCAGAUCGCUCAACUUAAAAUUGCAGGUGAAGAUGCCUCUGAGAUGAUAAAAACUACAGAGGAGAAUAAGAGGUCAGCUGCAGAGAAAGAAGCUGAAGUUCGGGAAGUUUUACAAAAUUUGAAUUCAAAAUUGCUAUUAAUUGGUAAUAUUGUUCAUGAUUCAGUUCCAAUCAGCGAUGACGAGGCAAAUAAUGAGGUGAUCCGAGCAUGGGGUGAGAAACGAUUGGAGCCAAAACUAAAGAAUCAUGUUGAUCUUGUUAAGCUCCUUGGAAUUGCAGAUUUAAAGAAAGGUGCCAAUAUAGCUGGAGGCAGAGGCUUCUAUUUGAAAGGAGAUGGCGUGCGUCUUAAUCAAGCUCUUAUUAACUUUGGUCUUGAUUUUUUGGAGAAAAGGGGAUAUACAUUAUUGCAUACUCCAUUCUUCAUGAGAAAAGAGGUCAUGGCUAGGUGUGCUCAAUUAGCACAAUUUGAUGAAGAGCUUUACAAGGUAACAGGUGAGGGAGAUGACAAAUAUCUGAUUGCUACUGCCGAACAGCCGCUUUGUGCCUAUCAUUUGGAUGAUUGGAUCCAUCCUUCUGAGCUACCAAUAAGGUAUGCUGGAUAUUCGUCUUGCUUCCGUAAAGAGGCUGGUGCACAUGGUCGAGAUACUCUGGGAAUAUUCAGAGUUCAUCAGUUUGAGAAGGUGGAGCAGUUUUGUAUUACCAGCCCUGAUAAUGAUGAAUCUUGGGCCAUGCAUGAGGAAAUGCUCAAAAACUCUGAAGAUUUCUACAAGAUGCUAAACCUCCCCUAUCAAGUUGUUUCUAUCGUUUCUGGUGCUCUGAAUGAUGCAGCUUCAAAGAAGUAUGAUUUGGAGGCAUGGUUUCCUGCAUCUCAGACUUACAGAGAGCUGGUGUCCUGUUCAAACUGUACAGACUAUCAGGCAAGAAGAAUGGAAACGCGAUAUGGACAGAAAAAGAGCAAUGAGCAGACAAAGAAAUAUGUACACUUGUUGAACUCUACUCUCAUAGCAACAGAGAGGACCAUGUGCUGCAUUAUUGAGAACUACCAGAGGGAGGAUGGUGUUGAGAUUCCAGAAGCUUUACAAGAAUUUAUGGGUGGAAAGACCUUCCUACCUUUCAAGAACUAGUAUUAUUAUUAUAAUAAGUUGCAAACUUGUGGUAUUUUUUGUAAUGACCCAAUGAAAAGCACUAGUCAUAUUUGAGCUAUACCUCAAAAAAACUAGUCACAAUUUAGACUCAUUGUAGUUAAUAAAAUCCAGUUCCA